AUGUCCCCCCGGGCCUCCGCCAUCUUCACCCUCGCCAGCGUUACCAUCAUUGGUGGCUUCGUCGCCUACGCUGUCUACUUCGACUACAAGCGUAGGAACGAUGUCAGUUUCCGCAAGCAGCUCAAAAAGGACAAGAAGCGUGUGAACAAGCAGGCCGCACAGCAGGAGGAGUCGACUGCCAUUCCAUUCACCACAGAAGAGCUCCGCGCGGCGCUGGCGAAGGUCCGCGAUGAGGAACUGCCCGAGACCCCUGAGGCGAAGGAGCAGUACUUCAUGGGCCACGUUGGCAUGGGUGAACAGCUUUGUGCCCAAGGGCCUCUGUUCCAACUCUCUGCUGCCUUGUCAUUUUAUCGCGCACUCCGGGUCUACCCUUCGCCCGUCGAACUCAUCAUGAUUUAUCAGAAAACAGUGCCAGAAAACGUCUUCAAAGUAUGUUUACCGCUAAAGACGCUGGAAACACUUUCUGAUACUGCGACAGAUUCUCAUAGAACUGACCAACUUGGACGUGAGUACCACUUCGUCGUCCACAGGAGAGGAUUCCCACAAGGUCUGGGCCUCCUUCGGAGGCUUCAUCGCAGGAGUGGGACAGGCUCACCGAUCCUGGAAGUCAAUCUGCGACUAUGUAAAACGAGAUAUCUCCCGCUGUGCGGGGAUUGUAGUUCCUAUCCCAAACACCCUAUCAUCCUUGCCUACCCUCUGCCAUACUUUUGGGUUGGAAUUUGUCCUGUAUCAGGAUACUAUGAUGUUUUCCCUCGCAAAAGCAUGAAUGUCUCGGUGCAACCUGCACCUGGAGAUGCCACAAAACUGCGUAAGGUUGUAGUCGCAGAAAGAGACUUCUCUGAAGGCGAAGUCAUCUACAAGGAACUCCCCCUUGUCGCGGCUCUCGAUGCCGACUUGGAAGGCAAGGGCACUCACUGCUCACAGUGCCUGCGCCAGAUUGAGGGCGACAAUGCCGUCCGCCCCGAGUCCGAUCGCUUAAACUCUGUCUACUGCUCUCCCGAAUGCCAGACCAAGGCCAAGGUCCAGUGGCAGAACCUGCUCUUCGGCCUCGAUUCUGUUCUCCCGGAGGACCUCGACAACGGCAUGUCUCGGCUCACGCGGCAACAGCGCGACGAGGCUCAAACCAAGUUCACCGCGUGGCUCAAGGAGCAAGACAAGUCCUUGCCGCUGCUCACCGCGCGCUUCGUCGCGCGGCAGGUCGCGCUCGAGACGGCGAAGGUCCUCCCACACCAGAGCGGCGCGCUCGCGGACGAGCUCGCGGAGGCGACGAUCGCGGGCGACGAGUACAGCUUGUACGACCACAUGGAGCGCCUCCGGUUCGUGGACGGGAACGUGUCAGAGGAGGAGACGAAAAUGCUGUGCGACGUGCUCGGCGCUGCGCUGCCCGGGCUCGACAAGUCGCUCACGGAUGAGCGCCAUGCGACGUACAAUGGAAAGCUGGCGUACAACGCGAUUGGCGUGGUUCUCGGUGAGGGCAGGGACGACAGGCCUACUGCAGACCGCCCAGAAGACGAGACGAGGACGAGGACGCCGCACGGCACCUCGCGCCAGGUCGGAAGCGGCUACUAUCCGGUGUCGUCAUACAUUGUGCACUCCUGCGCUCCUUCUGCUCGGCCCUCGUUCAGCGCAGGCAACUUCGAACUCUCCCUCAUUGCCGCUCAGCCGCUCAAGAAAGGCGACGAAAUCACUAUUGCAUGGGUAGACGCAUCUCAGCACGCUGACGAGACCGCCGAGGGGGCACGCCGGCGGCGGCGGAUUGAGCUCGCCCGCGGCUGGCGAUUCAAGUGCGAGUGCUCAAGGUGUCUCGAGGAGGCCACAGACGGCAACGAGAGCGAUAUGGGCAUCGAGAAGGAUGAGUCGAGGGUCGAGGACGUCGUGCACCGCGUUGAGACGGGCACUAGCGGCGAGGCGUACCUCAGAUCUGCCCCUACUAAUGUGGACUAA